AUGGACCCCGUCAUCAUAAUGCCGGAUAACGUAGCUGAGGCGGUCCGUAGGGCCCCGAACUGGAAAAGUCCGGGACUCAAUGGACUGCAUCACUACUGGCUAACGGGAUUCGUGGUGUGUCACGCUGUGCUCGCCCGACACUUUCAAGAUGCUCUCGACCAAAAGUCGCUCCCGAGCCUCUUCACUACUGGGAUCACUCAAUUGGUUCCUGGCCCCAUUAAGUGUCUACCUACCAUAUACAAGAUACUAACAUUCAUUUUGAGCGCGAGAAUCACUCGUCACCUGAACUCAAAUCAGGUGAUGUCGCGCGCUCAAAAUGGAUGUAGAUGCGGUGGUCGUGGAAUCAAGGAACCACUCCUCAUUGACGCGGUCAUUGGCAAGGUGGUUAAAUGCAACCGUUGGAACCUCUCCGCCGUCUGGAUAGACUACAAAAAUGCAUUCGACUCGGUGCCUCAUACAUGGCUUAAGAGGUUCCUUGAGCUGUACAAGGUUAACUGUAAAGUUCGAGACUUCCUCGGCCAGUGUAUGGGGCAGUGGAGUACGAUCCUUUGUCAUCUAGGCAAGCGGAUGACGGCUGCGGAGAAUCACAUAAGGAUAAGAAGGGGUAUCUUCCAGGGCGAUUGUUUGAAUCCAAUCUGGUUCUGCCUCUCAGUACCUUACUGGAGGGUUCCGGGAGGGAAUUUCAGCUUCGGAAAGGAGGUACAAAAGUGA